UGUCUCAAAGCAGUUCCGUCGUUGGCCUCCCUCCAUUCUCAGGGAUCCUCAGAUCGAAAAGCUCUCUCCUUUUUCCGGCGUCCAGCUAGGUUGAAGUUCGCCUGGGUUAUCAUAUCGGCCGGCGGUGUAAUUUAGUUGGCUAUUGUUGAAUCGCAUUGGGGAUUUAGGUAUUUUCGAUUGAGAUGUCAUGAGAGGGUUUGAUUAAAUCUUCUCUCUCUCUUUAUAGAUUUGGAUUCGUCUCAGUUGGUAUUGCUUGAGGUGGUUGGUUUGUGAAUCUUACAAAUUGCUAAAAAAGACUGAAGCUUUGUGGGGGAAACAAGUAAAUGUUGUCUGGUUCAGUGUACGGGCAUGUUUAGCCUCGAGAGGGAUCAUGCUAUCUCUGCGACUCACUCGCAGAUUCUGCUCUUCUUCUUCUUCUUCUUCUUCUUCCUCUGGUGUUUUUGCCCCCUCCUGCUUUCACCACCUUCCAGCUGAAUCCAAUCAGGAGGAGCCUCCUGCCCUUGUCAAGCUUAAAUCUGAGCGAGACCCUCACAAGCUAUUCAACCUCUUCAAAGCUAACGCCACUAACCACCUGGUGAUUGAGAAUCGUUUUGCUUUCGAGGACACUGUUUCUAGAUUAGCCGGUGCACGUCGGUUUGAUUUCAUCGAGGAUCUGCUUGAGCAUCAGAAGACACUUCCACAAGGCAGGCGCGAGGGCUUCAUUGUUAGGAUUAUUAUGCUAUACGGCAAGGCUGGGAUGACCAAUCACGCCCUCGAUACUUUCUACAAUAUGGAUUCUUACGGCUGCAAGAGGACUGUUAAGUCCUUCAACGCCGCGCUUAAAGUCUUGACUUUGAGACCUGAUCUCCACGCCAUCCAGGACUUCCUUCUCCAUGUCCCCUCCAAGUAUGGGGUUGUAAUGGAUGCGUUUUCGUUUAACAUUGCUAUUAAAUCUGUCUGUGACAUGGGGUUUCUUGACAAGGCGUCUCUGGCCAUGAAGGAGAUGGAGAAGUCUGGGUUGAAACCUGACGUGGUUACAUAUACUACGCUUAUAUCGGCGUUCUACAAGCACGAUAGGUAUGUGGUUGGCAAUGGACUGUGGAACCGUAUGGUGCUCAAGGGGUGUAGGCCUAAUCUCACCACCUUUAAUGUUAGGAUUCAGUUUUUAGUGAACAGGGGAAGAGCCUGGGAUGCAAAUGAUCUGUUGAUGUUGAUGCCAAAACUCCAGAUGGAACCGGACAAUGUGACAUAUAACAUGGUCAUCAAAGGUUUUUUUGUAGCGGGGUUCCCUGAAAUGGCAGAAAGAGUUUAUACAGCGAUGCAUGGUAAAGGUUACAAACCCAAUGUGAAGAUCUACCAGACGAUGAUACACUAUUUGUGUAAGGCGGGAAAGUUUGAUUUGGGUUAUACAAUGUGUAAGGAUUGUAUGAGAAAGAAGUGGUACCCAAACUUGGACACAGUUGGUGUGUUGCUGGACGGGCUUGUGAAAAAAGGCCAGCUUGAUCAAGCCAAGUUGAUUAUGGGGUUAGUUCACAAACGAGUUCCACCGUUCAGCUCAAAACAGUUGCUCCCCCUUAAAGUCCAUUUUGUAACUGUUUUACAUGGAGAGUAGUAGAACAAAUUUUGCUACGUUUUACACGACUAUUGCGGGGCCAGAGGAUUCUCUUUCUUUAUCGCCUCCUCAGUUUCUCUUUGUAUAGUUGUGGUGGAACUGGAAAAUGGAUGUUAUUAGGAAGCACAUUAACAUCUUCUUGGCAGAUUCAAAUAUAUGUUCUUCAAUGUCCUCUCUCUCUCUCUCUCUCUCAGGAUGUACUGGGAAACUCCGAUUAAUGCUGAGUCCAGAGCGAUGCGGCAUUCGCAAAUCUGUGAACAUACCAUUAGCAUGGUGAUGCACACACACACACGUGGCUCGAACAAUGAAUGAGCCAAAAGAAAGGUUGGUUCUAUAUCAACAAUAGCAUAAUACUUUUCUGCUACAGUAGAGGCAAGAAGAAAAUCUUUUUUUGGGUGAAGAUUUAGAAGUUCCACAAACAAUAUUCUUUGUAUUAUGAAAGUAAAUUACAUAAUAAAUUUUUUUCUGUGUUGAACUU